AUAAGGAAGUUAUGUUAGUCAAGAUGCAGAUGACGAUGAUAAUGGCCCUGACAAUGUUAGCUGGCAUUGCUUUGGCUGACGCAGAGAUCUUCUCGGAAGAGAUAGGGGAAAACUUAGUUCUAGACCUGUCGUGUGUUGCUGGAGAACAUAUAAAGAUAGUGAAGGCAAAAUACUGGGCACCUCAUUCAUGGUUCUGUAGUGAUCAACAUGAUGCGUUUAGUAAAACUAGCGAUCACUGCAAUCAUCUGGAAUCAUGUUCGAUAAACACGGCCCCGAAUGGUUUCUAUGGUGAUCCAUGCUUUGGUGCGUGGAAGAAACUGGCAGUAUCGUACACCUGCCAGACAUGUGACGAGGGAAAACUGUUAGUUAAGGGGCCAGGGUGUAUAGAUCCCUGUGAAGGUGGCAAUUACAUUGACCAAGAGAACGGAUGUACAUUAUGUGAAGAAGGAACAUACAGCCCUGGAGGAAGUGCUUCAUCGUGUUCUAGCUGUCCUUCUGGGAAAGAAGUGGCAAUGGGUUAUAUUGGUACUUCAGAAAGUGACUGUUCUUUGAGGGCAGAGAUAGGGGAAAACCAAGUUCUAAACCUGUCGUGUGAUGAUGGAGAAUACCUAGAGAUAGAGAACGCAAAAUACUUUGCACCUCAUUUUUCGUUAUGUACUCCACUUGAAAAUGCUUUUCCUAAAACUAGGGAUCACUGCCGUUUUAAGGGAUCAUGUGAGCUAGACACGAGCCCGGAUAGAUUCUAUGUUGAUCCAUGCUGGGGUCAGUGGAAGCAGCUGUUAGUGUGGUACAAAUGCCAGGCAUGUGACGCGGGAGAGCGGUUAGUUGAGGGAGUAGGGUGUCAAGAAGUUCCUGCAGUUAUUGAUGUAGUACCUCAGGUACUACCUCAGGUACUACCUGAAGUUAUUGAGGUCGUCCUGCCUUACAGAAGAGACAAUCGAUGUGGUCCGAAGUUCCCCCUUGCGGAUGGCUCUCCCGGUCAGUGUAACCCUGACCACCCAAAAGGGGCUACUUGCUGUAAUUCUAAGUCAGGACGGUGCACAAGCAGAAUUACAAAACAGUGCCGAAAACAGGGCCGAAAAUAGAAUUUGAGAACAUAUCGUCGACUAGAAAAACAGCAGAUGGGUGUAAACGAAUUUGAAGCAUGAUUUGGACAAUUUCUCGUCGAGAGAGCAAUAAGAUUUGGAUAUUUGUAGAGAGGUCAACCA